UCACCAAAAAAAAAAGAAUUAACAAACUGUUCUCUCCCUCCCCUCUCUCCUGCGCCGCCGCUUCACGACCGUCGUCUCCGCCGCUUAACCACCGUACGGGGAAGCGGAUCUGUAACUCGAAUCCACCGCAAUGGGGAAAGGCGGGGCACUGAGCGAAAGCGUGAUUAAGAAGAUCCUUCUGUCGUACAGCUACGUAGCGAUAUGGAUCUUCCUAAGCUUCACAGUGAUCGUCUACAACAAAUACAUCCUCGACAAGAAGAUGUACAAUUGGCCAUUCCCGAUCUCACUCACCAUGAUCCACAUGUCCUUUUGCUCAACCCUAGCUUUCCUCAUCAUCAAGGUUUUCAAAUUCGUCGAGCCUGUUUCAAUGUCCCGGGAGACUUACCUGAGAUCCGUCGUCCCGAUCGGUGCUCUCUACGCUCUCUCGCUCUGGCUCUCGAAUUCAGCUUACAUUUACCUGUCGGUCUCUUUCAUCCAGAUGCUUAAAGCUCUCAUGCCUGUCGCUGUUUACUCAAUCGGUGUUCUCUUUAAGAAGGAAGGUUUCAAAUCUGAUACUAUGAUGAACAUGCUCUCGAUCUCUUUCGGUGUUGCUAUUGCUGCUUAUGGAGAAGCUAGGUUUGAUGUUUGGGGUGUGCUUCUUCAGCUCGGUGCUGUUGCUUUUGAAGCCACUCGUUUGGUGUUGAUUCAGAUCCUGCUCACCUCUAAGGGAAUCACUCUCAACCCCAUUACUUCGCUCUAUUACGUUGCUCCUUGUUGCUUGGCUUUCUUGUUUAUCCCGUGGAUCUACGUUGAGUUUCCGGUUCUUAGAGAUACAUCUAGCUUCCACUUCGAUUACGCCAUCUUUGGGACUAAUUCGUUCUGUGCGUUUGCGUUGAACCUUGCGGUGUUCCUUUUGGUUGGGAAAACCUCUGCUUUGACCAUGAAUGUUGCUGGUGUGGUUAAGGACUGGCUCUUGAUUGCAUUCUCUUGGUCUGUGAUUAAGGAUACCGUGACUCCUAUUAACCUUUUUGGGUACGGGAUUGCGUUCUUGGGGGUUGCGUAUUACAACCACGCGAAAUUACAGGCCUUGAAGGCUAAAGAGGCUCAGAAGAAGAUUCAGCAAGCUGAUGAGGAGAGUGGUCGGUUGCUUGAAGAGAGGGAAGCUGAUGGUGAAGGUAAGAAGAAUGAGUCUGAGAAUUAAAUGAUGUUUUCUUGAUUCGAAAACAAGAAGAUGGAAUUUAGCAAGAAUAAGAGCAUGGAAGAAGAUUAUGAUUAUCAAUUGGAUAAUAUGUGAUGGUAGGGUUCUUAUGGAGUCUUGAGGUUGCUUUUGAUCCAUUGAUUUACUCAUAGGUAGUGAAGUCAGAAUCUCUUAUUUGCUCUUGUCUUGUUUUUUUUUCUGAGCUUUCUUUCACUUUUGGUCUUGUUUUCUUCAUGUUAUUUAUGAUUACAAUGGUGUUACCAGUCUUUUGCUUAUGGAUUUUCCUAUUACUUUAUUUAAUCAUACUGAGAUUAUUGACAGUUUCAGUUUA